AUGCAGCUCCGGCGACAGGUGCUUGAAAAUGUUGAAGGCCUGGGCGGUUGUCAUUCUGUGAAGUGCACAUCUUCUGCAAGGUGCUUCGAGGUUCAACUUACGCAUCAGAUACCGAAGGAUCUGAAGUUGGAUAAUGGAGACGUGAUCGACUGCGUGGAUUUUUACAGUCAACCUGCCAUGGAGGAUCCUUAUAUAAGAGAAAAUUCCAAAAUGAAAGCAAGAAAAGCAGAAAGUAAAUUCCAUGAACCGGUGAAUGAAAAGUUGGGAGGAGUCGGACCACGAAGGUGGAGUUGCCCACCGGGAAGUGUUUCAUUUCUCAAGGCCACCAAAGCAGGGCCUCUUAAUUACAGUGCUCUUGAUAGUUUUACCAGAUCACGUGCUAAGUUCUUUUCUGAAUCCAACAAUAUAGAGCCACUGGAUGAUCCGACUCAACACGAGCAUGCAUUAGCACAUGUAGACGAUGGAGAAUAUAGAGGAGGCCAAGGGACUUUUAAUAUUUGGCAACCCAUUCUUGAGGACCGUGAUGAGAUGAGUUUGAUGCAAAUAUGGGUCGUCAGAAGAACUACGAUCUCGGACACUGAGGCUAACAUUGAAACAGUUGAAGCCGGUUAUAUGGUGCAACCUUCGAUAUUUGGAGAUCAUUCCACACGGUUUUUUUUCUUUACAACGAAUAAUUCCUAUCAGACGUCGCUUUAUGGAGACACGGGUAAAAAACCAUUCAGAAACAAUAGGUUGAGGUUCGUAAGACAGAGUGAUGAUGUUCCCUUUGGUAUGGAAUUGACACCUAUCUCAAGUUUCGAUGGGGAUCAAGGAGCGGCAGACAUCAAGAUUCAAAGGAAUGAUGCUGGAGACUGGGAACUUUCAGUCUCAGAAUCAGAGGUCGGAUUUUGGCCACGUAGUAAUUACCUUGAUAGCUUUCCCUUCGCAACCAUGGUGAGAUGGGGAGGAGAGAUAGUAAACCAUGAGAAGACGGGAAGGCACACGUCUACUCAAAUGGGCAGCGGUCAUUUCUCAAGUGAAGGAAUAGGAAAAGCCGCCUAUGUGAUAGGGAUGGGCUUAUUCGACUCCCAAGGCAGAUUAUAUGAUGCACCCAAUGAGCUUAACACCUUUGCAACAAACCCAAUGUGCUAUGAUGUGACUCUUUGGAAAGAUGACAAUUUGGGCAGCUACAUAACUGUGGGCGGGCCUGGGUAUGACAGGGAAAAAUGUCCUUAA